AUGGCACGUUGGGCGCAGGCUUUCCUGCUUGUCAACAUAGCAACAUCAGUAGUGAGAGGGAGAGUGGAGAAAGAGCUGUCACCAGAGUGCAGAGAAUUCCUCUACAUGGGAACACCACCGACUGGGCUGGAGCACCACUCCCUCCAGUUCAUUUGUCAGCGUUACAACAAGAGGCCACGCUACGUGACGCUGUACAACACCGUGGACCACAUACCUGUGUACUCUGCCUACACUUUCAAACGCUCAGAUGGGGAGAAAUGCGUGGAUGUCCCAUGGAUGUAUGAACCUCAGCUAUCCACAACCUCUGAUACUGAUGAGAUGCAGCCGUUCCCAAGUGGUUACAUGCACAUGAAUUUUGAAGACGCCCAAGCUGUUCUUGAUGAUUACACAAAUGCCAUCUUUUACGAGCGUGGCACCCUCAACCCGGAUGAGCACCAGGAUGAACCUGAUGACAAGGCCUCCACCUACACCCUCACCAAUGUCGUGCCUGUGGUGCCCGACUUCAACAACGGAGUCUGGAACGAUCAGGAGCACAUCAUCCGCAAACGGCUUAACAACUACUGCCGCGGAACAGCAUACAUCGUCACAGGCAUCACCACCUCGGGGAAGAUGAUCCGCCGGGAAAACAUCAAUCGCGUAGCAGUGCCCACAUACUUGUGGUCCGCUUAUUGCUGCGUUGACUAUGAUCACAAUGCACCUUAUAACGAGCGCUAUAAGUUCCCAUCUUUUGCUUACUAUGGCUUGAAUGAGGAGGACAACGAGGUGGUGGAAAUCAGCGUUCAGAAGCUGAAGGAGUUCCUCAAGAAGACAACCUUUGUAGACCACAACUUUCAGAUCUUUGUGGAUGACUGUGUCCCACCAGCAUCCAGUAAAAUUGAAUAGUCAAAUUUGGCCAAAAGGCAGCAAUGUGCCAUUUUGCCUUUACUAUCUCGUUCUGUUUCUUCCUCUUCAAUAAAUCUUUUUCACAGCAGACAUUUUGACUUGUCAUGGUAAGAAAAGCACAGGUGAAACAUUAACAAUGACACUGUUCAAGUGUCCUGGUAAGCCAUGACAGUGUGACAGUGAGCCAGCAUGCACAAUUUAAAGACCCUGAAACUGAAGCAGUUAGAGUUAAACCAAGACCUAUGCUUAUCCUG